AUGGAAGCUCUCAAGCACCUCAAGCUGGCCUUUUUCUGCCUCCGGAAACACGAAUGCGACGACGCUAUAGCGCUGCUAAAGGCGCUGCCCUCGCUCGCCGCGCGCUCGAAGAAGGUGACCGACGUCCUGCGCGACGUCACGGCCCAAAUGCAUUACAUGUAUUCCGCGAACACGGGCAUGACCAUGAAAGCGCUUGCGUCCAUCAAAACCACGUUUGAGAAUGUGCUCGCAUAUUUUGGCCGGCUCGAAAACGUGAUCGACUCGGACUCGACAGACAUGUUGGAUGUGGCCUGCGAAUUAGCCGCGGAAGGAGACGUGGACUUUCUCGUCGAAGAAAUGACCGAGGAAUGGUGCCGGUGGCUCACGCUCGCCAAGACCAACUACACGGCCAUGUGCGGCAUGGACGACGUCAAGACGACCGUGCACCGCAUCAUGUCGACAUUGCCCAAUCGGUCGGCGCCAGCCCUCGGGGGUUUUGAAGUGUCCUUCAAGCAUCUACAUUCUGGUUACUAG